AUGCCUGCCCCGGGCUACCGCAUAACAUUCCCCAACCACACACAGCACUAUAUACUCCAUACCCUGCUCAUCCUCACACUGCUCGUUUUCCUCGCUGCGAUUCUCGUUUUCGGGCUGGGGCUGUUGGGGCGCGGGGCGGUGAUAGGGCGCGGCAAAAGGGGGAGUCUGGGGAUGAGGGCUGUGGGGUUAAGAAGUCUGGGCAAGGAGAGGAUGGGUGAGGGACCUGAUGUUGGGGAUGCGUGUGUGGUUAUGUGA